AUGUUAAUAUUGGCAACUGCCUGCACAUCUUAUACAACAUAAGAAAAUUUUAAAUUUACAUCAAAAAAUAAGAAUUGUGUUUGGACUGGAUUAGCUUGUAGAAAUGCCACUUGUGCUGAUGCUCCCGAUACUACCUCUUAUGAUAGUUAUACAGAAUGCUUAGCUUACCCAACACCAAGCGAAACCUGUACAGUUGUUUACAAAGUUGGAGCUUAAGGAUGUGUAUCAAAAUCAGCAAAUUGUUCAGAUUAUAUGACAUCAGCUUAAUGCCAUAAAACUCUCACAAAUCUAACAGCAAAUGAUGAUUGUAAGUGGAUUGUUGAUAGAUGUUAUGUAUUGUCCUCUUUUGCUACAGGAGCUUGCUCAACAUUCAAAGGUACUCAAACAAUGUGUAUGGGAUAUAGAGCAGGAUGUACAAACAUUGUAGGUGCUGCAUCUUCACCAUCUUGUACUUCAGAUUGUACUUUAAAAACGGGAUCAGGUUUGACAUUUGCAGAUUGUUAAGCUUUAGAUUCUACAUGCUCAGUUAGAAAAGAUGGUACUGGUUGUAUUGCUAUUUAAUCUACUUGUGCUGGAUACGGAUCAACAUCAGCUAAUUGUUUCAGGUUAAGUGCAAGUGGGAAUGCAGGAUACUGUGCAAUGAACAAAAAUUGCCAAUCAGUGACCUCAGCCUCUGAAUGCGCAUCAGUGACUGGAUUAACAGGUUUGGAUCAUUCUAAAUGUUAGCUAUAUCAAUCUUCCUGUACAUCCUUAAAAGAUGGUGCUGGAUGUUAAGAAUAUAAGACUACUUGUUCAGGUUAUACAACCGGAAACACUUGUGCUAGUUCUGUAUAAAGUAAAUGUUUUGAUAAUACUACUGAUUGCUUACGUUUUGCUAAUUGUGCUUCAAUUACUGGUACAGGAUUAAAAAAUACUAAUUGUGGAUCUUAUGACACAGAUUGUGUGGCAAAUGUUUAUGGAACAGCUUGCUAAGAAAAAUUACUAACAUGUCCUGCUUAUUUAAUACAAAAUUCUUGUUCUACAUUAUCUGCAGGUCUUUGUGCAUGGAGCGGAACAGCUUGUCUCACAGUUGUUGAUGCCAAUGUUGCUACAGAAUUUGCAUAUAUUACUGGAACUGGCUUUACAGAUGCUGUAUGCGCACAAUAUAAUGCAAAGUGUACCAAUCUAAAAGAUGGUACUGUUGUUGUUAAGAAGAGAAGGCCAACUGCAGGUUAUACACUACAUAAAAUAAAGCACAGCAUAAACAACUGGCCCCCUUUCAUGUCUUUGGUUAGAUAACUCUUGCUAUCCUAUCACUGAUGUAAAUUGUAGUGCAAUUUUAUUAUCAGGCCUUGAUCAUACUCAAUGUUAAGUCUACAGCACAGGUUGUAUAUCCAUUUCUGAUGGGAGUAAAUGUUAAUACUUUAAAUCAACCUGCGAAUAAUAUGCAGGCACAACUUUAAGUUGCACAAAAACUGCUACCUCAAAAAGUUAUUUAUAAGGUUCUAAUUGUAUCACUAUUUCAAAUGUUGCAACCGAUUGUGCUAAAAUAACUGGAUCUACUGGAACUCUAACGUACGAAAUUUGCUAAUCAUUUAAUGUAGGUUGUAGUGUAAAUAAAGCAAAGAGUGCUUGUGUCUAAUAAUAAGCAUAAUGUUCAGGAUAUACAAGUGAAUUGACAAGUUGUUAUAAAUCAGGAGCUGGUCUUUGUAUUGCAAGUACAAAUACUGAUACUACUUGCGUUGCUGCAUCAGCUGCAACAACUUGUGAUGCUGUUUACUUAGGAACAGGAAAUUACAGCAGUACAAAUUGUAAUGAAAUGAAGGCUGGAUGUACAAAUAAUGGAGCAUCUGCAUGUAUAGCAAAAUCUUGUUCAAAUGUUGCGGUUACAUUUAAUCAUACAAAUUGCAAUAGUUAUCUCAACACUUGUACUGUAAAUUCUGGAAAUAUUGCAUGCCAAACUAUUGCAUCAAAAUGCGCAGAUUAAACUAAGCAUCUUGACUUUACUCAGUUGAAGGAGAAUGUGUAGUUGUAGGUGCAUCAUGUGUAAGAAAGACUUGCGAUACUGCAGCAACUGAUGCUACUCGAGAUGAUGACACUGAAUGUUCAGCUUAUUAGCAAUCUUGUACUGUUGCUAGAUUAGGAGCAUGCCAAGCCAGAGCAACUUGCGCUUCUUACAAAUCUUCCCUCUAAUGUAAAUUUAAUACUAGUGGUGGAAGUUGUUUCUGGAACCCAACUAAUACGACAUGUGUUGAUUUGAAUUGUGGCAACAUAGAAGCCUCAACUUUAUUCGAUACUCAUAUUGAAUGUGUUGUUGUUGAUGCAACCCUUGCUUGCACAGUCAGAGCUGCAAAUGGUGCUGCCGUUUAAGGGUGUAUGGCUAGAGGAGCAUGCAGUUCAUAUACAAUUGAAGAACAAUGUAUAAACAAAAGCAAGUAAUGGAGUUUGUGUUUGGAAUACAAAUGCUAAUUUGCCAACACCUGCUUUCUAAGAUAAGUCUUGUACCAGUGCUCCAACAUCCACUACAACUCAUAAUGAUUGCUAUGCUUAAUACAAUACUGCAAAGUAAAAUGUACUAUUUUUGCCACUCCAAGCAGCGGUGGUAAUCCAACUUUAGGAGGAUUUUUCAAGUUAUAUUGAUAAAGAAUAAUGUUAAAUCAACGCCAAUGGUGAUCCAUGUGGAUGGAAUGGAACAUAAUGUGCUUACAAAUCUUGUGCUACUGCUCCUGCAACUGCAUUUUAUAAUGAUGAUACUAAAUGUAGAGCUUACAUUACUAAUAAAUGUACAGUCUCAGAUUCUGGAUAAGGAUGUGUAGAAAUUCCUGCAACAUGUGAAACUAUGACAUAGAAGUAAUGUUAUUAUAAUAAGGCUGGAGAUCCUUGCUAUUGGACAGGAAUAGCUUGUAUUACAAAAUCAUGUGACAAUGCUCCUGAUGCAACUGCUGAUGAAUGUAAUACCUAUUUAGCUGGAUGUACUUUAGAUAAUGUUAAAUGUAAACUAAAGUUUGUGAAGGUUUUGCCUUUGCUACUGAUGCUUUAUGCAAACAAGCUAUCUCUACCUGCACAACCAAUGGAACAAAUUGAGUUACAAGAGGAACAUGCUUCUAAGCCUUAAGUCAAGCUGGAUGUAUCACAUCCUCGACAAAUUAAUAAUGUGAAUGGAUACCAGCUGUUUUAAAUGCUUCAAAUAUAAUCACUUCCCCUGGUUAUUGUACAAUUAAAAAUUGUAGCACUGCUCCAAUUACUUUAACAAGUGAAGCUGCUUGCGCUGGAUAUUUUUUAAAUAGUACAACAAAGAAUGGUGGAGGAUGCGUUACUAAAUCAACUUGCUCAGCUGUCACUAUUGUUGUAGCUUGCACAACUGCUUUGAAUGGUACUGUAUGUGCUUGGGAUAGUGCAUAAAAUAAAUGCAGAAAUAAAGAUUGCUAAGAUUUUAGUGGAACUACUCAUGCUGCAUGUUAGGCUUAAAGAGCUGGAUGUACAGCUGGAGCAAGUGGAAAAUGUGCUAGAGUAUAAAAUUGUGAACAAACUUCAGUAAGAGCAGCUUGCAUAGAAGGAACAAAUGGACCAUGCUUGUGGAUUGAUAAAUAUCUAAAUACUGAUGGAACUAAAGGGGCUAGUUUCAGAUAUACAUCAUACAAGAGUUUAAAUUGGAAUAAUGAUAGUUCAUGCAAAUGGAUAAGUAAUAAAUGCACAACUAAUGGUUCAAAUUGUGUUGGAAUUACUUUAUGUACAGAAACUAACACUGAUGGAGGUUGUGUCACUGGAUAUGACGGAGCUUGUAUUCAAUCAGUACCAGCCUUGAAUUCUUCAGAUCCAAAAGUAUGUAAACCUUACACCUCAUGCGGUGAUGCUUUCUACACAACUCAUUCAGAUUGUUAAAUUGCUAGUAGCAAGUGCACAACAAAUGGAACAACUGGCUGCAUAGCUUUAGAAUCACGCCCACCAUAUACUGCUUGGGUAGGAUGUUGCUUCGAUAAUAAGGGAACUCUAUAUACAUCUGGAGUUGUUAAAUCCACUGGUAUUUGUACAUGGGAUACCACAUCAAGCAGUUGCAGAGAUCAACCCCGCGCCGAUCCGUCAGGCACAACACACGCAACAUGUUCUUCAUAAUUAACAACCUGCACAUUAGAUGGAACUACUUUUUUACUUAAAGGAGCCUGUACAUCUUACACAACUUAAACUGCUUGCACAACAUCAGUUGGAUCUGAUGGAGCAUGCUAAUGGGAAUUAGCAUCUGCUACAAAUAAUAAUACUGCAAAAUGUAGAUUACUUACUUGUGCUGAUAUUUAAAUGGAACAGCAACUAACUUUUGUUCUGUAGCCUUGUCAACUUGUGUUUCUAAUGGAACUGCUAGCAUUCCAAAAGUCAAUUGCUCAACAUAUACAUCUAAGAUAGCAUGCAAUUCAGAAGGUUUGGAUGGAAUUUGUGUAUUCACUUAAUCAACAGCAACUGGAGCUGCUGCUGGAACUGGAACUUGUGCAUUAAUGACUGCAUGUACCGUUGCUAAUAAUGAUUAAACAGCCUGCUAAGUUGCCAGAGAUAGAUGUUUUUUGACUGUUGCUUCAGGAACUGGAGCAACCGCAGUUGCUAGUAAAUGUGCUACUCAUACUUAUGCUACAAAUUAAGCUACCAACGUAGCUUGUACAAGAUUCUUAAAUUGGGAUAAAAAGACUUAAUAGGUUUGUACUCUAGUAAGCGGAGCCUGCACAGCAACAGAUCCAUCAACAUUGUCUUCAAACGAUUGCUUCUUAGUUUCUGGAUAUACAUAUACUUGGAAUGCAUCAACAAGCAACUGCUGA